GGGGGGGGGGGUUUGAGCCUCACUUUGCCCCAUGGUUGAGGGAGAUUUCUCUUUCAGGGGAUGAUACCCUCUUUUUAAUCUUUCCUUCCCCGACCUUCAACUGUUCCUGCUGAGAGAAGGGCAGGGUCUCUCUGCUCCCUUCUGCCCUGGUUCCCUUGGCCGGGACCGCAGGGCUGUCUGAGAUGCAGCAGGUGUGUGUUUUCAGCGUCGCCCACCCGUUCCUGAUGUGCAGCCUGAGGUGGAGGCUGUUGCCUUGCCCAGGGACUGGAUGAGGGGAUGGGAGCGCGGCACGCCACCCACAUCUGUUCAGUGUCCUGCGGUGGCCGCGUCCUUUUGCUUCAUGUUGGAUGGUGGUGGUCGCAGCGCCGGUGUGUGUGCAUGGGUGCUUUCUCUGUGGUCCGCAGGUGUGUGAAGAAAACCUCCACGCAGGAGUACGCAGCAAAAAUCAUCAAUACCAAGAAGUUGUCUGCCCGGGAUCACCAGAAACUAGAACGUGAGGCUCGGAUAUGUCGACUUCUGAAACAUCCAAACAUCGUGCGCCUCCAUGACAGUAUUUCUGAAGAAGGGUUUCACUACCUCGUGUUUGACCUUGUUACCGGCGGGGAGCUGUUUGAAGACAUUGUGGCCAGAGAGUACUACAGUGAAGCAGAUGCCAGCCACUGUAUACAUCAGAUUCUGGAGAGUGUUAACCACAUCCACCAGCAUGACAUCGUCCACAGGGACCUGAAGCCUGAGAACCUGCUGCUGGCGAGUAAAUGCAAGGGUGCUGCCGUCAAGCUGGCUGAUUUUGGCCUAGCCAUCGAAGUACAGGGAGAGCAGCAGGCUUGGUUUGGUUUUGCUGGCACCCCAGGUUACUUGUCCCCUGAGGUCUUGAGGAAAGAUCCCUAUGGAAAACCUGUGGAUAUCUGGGCCUGCGGGGUCAUCCUGUAUAUCCUCCUGGUGGGCUAUCCUCCCUUCUGGGAUGAGGAUCAGCACAAGCUGUAUCAGCAGAUCAAGGCUGGAGCCUAUGAUUUCCCAUCACCAGAAUGGGACACGGUAACUCCUGAAGCCAAGAACUUGAUCAACCAGAUGCUGACCAUAAACCCAGCAAAGCGCAUCACGGCUGACCAGGCUCUCAAGCACCCGUGGGUCUGUCAACGAUCCACGGUGGCAUCCAUGAUGCAUCGUCAGGAGACUGUGGAGUGUUUGCGCAAGUUCAAUGCCCGGAGAAAACUGAAGGGUGCCAUCCUCACGACCAUGCUUGUCUCCAGGAACUUCUCAGCUGCCAAAAGCCUAUUGAACAAGAAGUCGGAUGGCGGUGUCAAGCCACAGAGCAACAACAAAAACAGUCUCGUAAGCCCAGCCCAAGAGCCCGCGCCCUUGCAGACGGCCAUGGAGCCACAAACCACUGUGGUACACAACGCUACAGAUGGGAUCAAGGGCUCCACAGAGAGCUGCAACACAACCACAGAAGAUGAGGACCUCAAAGCUGCCCCGCUCCGCACUGGGAAUGGCAACUCGGUGCCUGAAGGACGGAGCUCCCGGGACAGAACAGCCCCCUCUGCAGGCAUGCAGCCCCAGCCUUCUCUCUGCUCCUCAGCCAUGCGAAAACAGGAGAUCAUUAAGAUUACAGAACAGCUGAUUGAAGCCAUCAACAAUGGGGACUUUGAGGCCUACACGAAGAUUUGUGAUCCAGGCCUCACUUCCUUUGAGCCUGAGGCCCUUGGUAACCUCGUGGAGGGGAUGGAUUUCCAUAAGUUUUACUUUGAGAAUCUCCUGUCCAAGAACAGCAAGCCUAUCCAUACCACCAUCCUAAACCCACACGUCCACGUGAUUGGGGAGGACGCAGCGUGCAUCGCCUACAUCCGCCUCACCCAGUACAUCGACGGGCAGGGUCGGCCUCGCACCAGCCAGUCAGAAGAGACCCGGGUCUGGCACCGUCGGGAUGGCAAGUGGCUCAAUGUCCACUAUCACUGCUCAGGGGCCCCUGCCGCACCGCUGCAGUGAGCUCAGCCACAGGGGCAUUAGGAGAUUCCAGCCAGAGGUCGAACCUUCGCAGCCAGUGGCUCUGGAGGGCCUGAGUGACAGCGGCAGUCCUGUUUGUUUGAGGUUUAAAACAAUUCAAUUACAAAAGCGGCAGCAGCCAAUGCACGCCCCUGCAUGCAGCCCUCCCGCCCGCCCUUCGUGUCUGUCUCUGCUGUACCGAGGUGUUUUUUACAUUUAAGAAAAAAAGAAAAAGAAAAAAAGAUUGUUUAAAAAAAAAGGAAUCCGUACCAUGAUGCGUUUUAAAACCACCGACAGCCCUUGGGUUGGCAAGAAGGCAGGAGUAUGUAUGAGGUCCAUCCUGGCAUGAGCAGCGGCUCACCCACCGGCCUUGAAGAGGUGAGCUUGGCCUCUCUGGUCCCCAUGGACUCAGGGGGACCAGGCAAGAACUCUGACAGAGCUUUGGGGGCCGUGAUGUGAUUGCAGCUCCUGAGGUGGCCUGCUUACCCCAGGUCUAGGAAUGGACUUCUUUGGAACUUGCAUAGGCGCCUAGAAUGGGGCUGAUGAGAACAUCGUGACCAUCAGACCUACUUGGGAGAGAACGCAGAGCUCCCAGCCUGCUGUGGAGGCAGCUGAGAAGUGGUGGCCUCAGGACUGAGGGCCUGGACGUUGCUGUACUGUCUUGUUUAGUGUAGAAGGGAAGAGAAUUGGUGCUGCAGAAGUGUACCCGCCAUGAAGCCGAUGAGAAACCUCGUGUUAGUCUGACAUGCACUCACUCAUCCAUUUCUAUAGGAUGCACAAUGCAUGUGGGCCCUGAUAUUGAGGCCUUAUACCUGCAGCUAGAAGGGGGAGGGGUUGUUGCUGCUUUGCUUCGUGUUUUCUUCUAACUCGGCAAGGAGAGAGCCGGGCCCUGGUCAGGGCUCCCGUGCCGCCUUUGGCAGUUCUGUUUCUGUGCUGAUUUGGACCAUCUUUGUCUUGCCUUUUCACGGUAGUGGUCCCCAUGCUGACCCUCAUCUGGGCCUGGGCCCUCUGCCAAGUGCCCCUGUGGGAUGGGAGGAGUGAGGCAGUGGGAGAAGAGGUGGUGGUCGUUUCUAUGCAUUCAGGCUGCCUUUGGGGCUGCCUCCCUUCUUACUCUUCCUUGCUGCACGUCCAUCUCUUUUCCUGUCUUUGAGAUUGACCUGACUGCUCUGGCAAGAAGAAGAGGUGUCCUUACAGAGGCCUCUUUACUGACCAACUGAAGUAUAGACUUACUGCUGGACAAUCUGCAUGGGCAUCACCCCUCCCCGCAUGUAACCCAAAAGAGGUAUCCAGAGCCAAGGCUUCUACCUUCAUUGUCCCUCUCUGUGCUCAAGGAGUUCCAUUCCAGGAGGAAGAGAUCUAUACCCUAAGCAGAUAGCAAAGAAGAUAAUGGAGGAGCAAUUGGUCAUGGGCCUUGGUUUCCCUCAAAACAACGCUGCAGAUUUAUCUGCACAAACAUCUCCACUUUUGGGGGAAAGGUGGGUAGAUUCCAGUUCCCUGGACUACCUUCAGGAGGCACGAGAGCUGGGAGAAGAGGCAAAGCUACAGGUUUACUUGGGGGCCAGCUGAGAAGAGAGCAGACUCACAGGUGCUGGUGCUUGGAUUUAGCCAGGCUCCUCCGAGCACCUCAUGCAUGUCCCAGCCCCUGGGCCCUAGCCCUUUCCUGCCCUGCAGUCUGCAGUGCCAGCACGCAGAUCCCUUCACCACAGGGUUUCGUUUUGCUGGCUUGAAGACAAAUGGUCUUAGAAUUCAUUGAGACCCAUAGCUUCAUAUGGCUGCUCCAGCCCCACUUCUUAGCAUUCUUCACUCCUUUUCUGGGGCUAAUGUCAGCAUCUAUAGACAAUAGACUAUUAAAAAAAAAAUCACCUUUUAAACAAGAAAUGGAAGGCAUUUGAUGCAGAAUUUUUGCAUGACAACAUAGAAAUAAUUUAAAAAUAGUGUUUGUUCCAAAUGUUGGUAGACCCUUCAUAGCUUUGUUACAAUGAAACCUUGAACUGAAGAUAUUUAAUAAAAUAACCUUUAAACAGUC